AUGUCGAAGGUGCCCGCCAAACCACUGUCGCGCAAGGAACAGAUGGAGGGAAACUUGGACCUUUGGUUCGACCAAGCGAACUCUGUGGACCGCGGUCCGCCGACGCGACCCAAGAUGUGGUGGAGGAGAUCCGAGAAUUGCUGCUCAGAUAUGGUGCUCUCAUCGGCCUUCCGACGGGGAGGACGCUCGAGCCUAUGUGGUCAAGGGGAAAUCGUUCAACAAAGCACACUCGCGUGGGUCAAGCGGGAAUGGCCGGAACUCCUGCAUGGUGGCUACAGUAGGUGGCCCGGGAGCCGACUGUGGAAGGACGUGAACCACGAUGUCGACGAUCCAAUGGCAGGCGACCAGCUCGACAACGAGGACAACGACGAAGGUCAGUCUGGCAGCGAGGACGACGGAGUGCCGGGGAAUGGAGGAGAAGACGAGGACGAAGCUGAGCAGGACGAGCUAGAGCAGGACGAUGAUGAAAACGUCGGGGAGGAUGAGGUGCAGUCUCCGCCUCGGAAAUCUGAGCAGGCGAAGACCAAACGCGCGUCGAUCCUCGCUGAGUCGGCAAAGGAAGGAAAUAAGACGAAGGCAGAGCAGUACCGCAAGCAGCUCAAAAAGUGCGACUACUGUCGGACGGCUACGAGGGCCGUGAGACCGUGCGUGUUGGAGAAGGGCGCGGUAGCAUGUGGUACUUGUAAAACCGCAGGAAAGGGGUGUUACUACAACGGAUACUCCCUAACCGGAACGCAGAGCAAAAAAGCGACAACACCGCAGCCAGCCGUGAACGUCCCCGCCGCGUCCAGAACUAAGGGUAAGAGAAAGGCCCCGGAGGAAGUGCAAGUUGUUCCCGCCAGCCGAGCGACGCGUCGCACGUCGACCGCGGCUGCAAAGGCCAAGCCGGUUCAUCGGGCGCGACGAUCGCAGUCGACCGCCACCGUGGUCGAUGUAGAUGAAGAAGACACGGCUUCUACGACGGUGGUCUCAACCAAGGAGACGAGGAGUCUGCGUCCCAAACGCGAACUGACGGACUCAGUGGGAGACGCGCCGCGCAGGAAGCGGGCGAAGCCUGACGACAAACCUGCGCCCACCGGUGAGGGCAAGAGGCUUCGCUCGUCGACAUUGGCGUCGACACGAUCGUCGUCGCAGACGGUCGUGACUCCGUCGUCUGACGUAGAGACUGGGGGACCGGUCCGUCACGGGUCGCCUGGUAGCGAGACCCAGGUGUCGGGAUUCGGCGCCCUAAACGUCGAUGAAGAUGUCCAAUCUGAUGGUGGGUCCGACAGCGGGUUGGUAGGAUCGUUGAGUGGGGAACCGCCCGACAUUGCAUCGCUGGAGUAUGUCGUCAGGCACAUCGAAAGGGAGCGCGACACGCUUUCCGGUCAGGUGAUUGCCCUGCAGGCGACACACGCCUUGCUUACACAAAACCUGCAAGAGGCCAAGAAGCGACUGCGGGAUUUACGCAAUGCGGCACAGGAGACACAGCCAGGCCCAAGUCGUCUUGCCGCUGUUGCGGAUCAACCUGCGCCAAGUCGUCCUUCGACAAGCACGAUCCCGUCCGGCGACGGGCUGAUCGACGUCCUAGAAUGGUGGUUCCUGACUGGAACGAAGGGCGAUCUCAAGGGCUUUACCAAGGCGAAGUCGCUGUUACAAGCACUACAUAGGAAUCUGACUGCAUACGGAGUCGCAUCCGGAAUAUACGAUGGCAAGAAGUCGGAGCCGACUUGGAUGUGCGCAAAUAACAAGGGCAACACUGAUGUCGCGCACGCGUUGAAGGAGAUCAAUGUGCCACAGACGACGAUGCGCCGGCAAGAUCUUAGGCAGUGCGACUACUGCAGGUCAGCGAAGAGGACCGUGAGGGACUGUGUUAUAGAGAAGGGCUCCUUUACCUGUGGCACAUGCAAGCGGGCUGGUAAGGGAUGUUACUUCAACGGGUUAUCCCUGACUGGAUCGAAGAAACGCAAGGCCUCUUCACCGUCCGACGCCUCCGACAACCGAACUGGGACGGUCAUGCCUACCGUCGAACGACAAGAGCGGCUCAUGCUGCGAAUACCUCCAUCGAUGGGGAAGCAGCAAGGCGCUCAAUGGGUAGCUAGGUCGACGCAUGACAUAACGGAUGACGAGAGUGACAAGGACGACACGCCUGGCCAAAGGAGGCUCUCAUUCAAGUCGCCAGAAGCUCUGCCUGAGAAGCACCGGCUUCCGACGUCGACAACUGGCGCUCCGAGGAGGAAGCGUGCCAAGAUGGAAGAGGGGCCGAAGGGUACCAAAGGGGGGAUACUACGCUCAUCGAAAGUGGCUUCAAUGGUUGCUUCCGACAUCGGGGCUGCACCAUCCGAGGCCAGGGACACGAGAUCUAACCGCCACGUCACGUUCGCAUGCGACACGCAUGGCUGGCACGAUACCGACCUCAGCAGCGAGGAGGUACCAAUGUCAAACAGCGGAUCCGACACUAGCCUGACGGGAUUAGACACCGACGAAACACACGAGGGCCUUUCGAUCGAGGCGCUGGAAGCCCUCAUCCAGUUCCUCACGCGUCAGCGAAGCACCGUUGACACGCAGAUCAAGACGUUGCAACACCAACACCGCCGAUUAGGCGUCGAUCUCGACCUCCACAGAAAGCAGCUUAGGGUGGCGCGGCGAGUGCAAGAGGCGGGGCCAGAGCCGAGGCGUUCGGCCACCUAG